UCUGACUACCCUAUACCUGCACAAGACACAAGAUGCUGUCUCUCAACUGAAUUCAUUCCUUUGAGAAGACAAGAGCCAAGGAACAUUAUCACAACCCAACCCUGUCACAUCACCACUGGCGAUGUGGUAGAAGAAAAUUCAGAGUUGUGGAACCUGGGGCUGAAGCAGACUCAGCUCCCUACCACUGGAGUGGAUCAUGCCCAGGGUGGCGGUUGCAGGGGUGGGGGUGGGAGGGGCGUUGGGACGGUGCAGGAGACAAUACCGUUUCCAAUUACAACGCAGGGAGCACAACAAACACAGCCACCACUGAAACACUAUGACGUUACCUCUCCUAUCAGCUUAGCAGUCCCCAAGGAGACUGCCUGCCUGCUUACACAGAAGCUAUUAGUUGGACUGAAGCCCUUUGGGGUUCUUGGAGAGGAAGAGGAACUGCAGCACAAGAUUUUAAUUUUGGGAAAAUUAAAUAACCUGGAAAAAGAGUGGAUACGAGAAAUCAGUGAAAGCAAGAAUCUUCCACAAUCUGUAACUGAAAACGUUGGAGGAAAAAUGUUUACGUUUGCAUUUUACAGAUUAGUGUGCUGGUACGAAUGGCUUGUGUGUUGCACCAAGACCACCUCAUUCUAUGAUAAGAUGAAAUUGAUACAGCAGACAAAAGAUUCAAGAGCUGUUGAAGAGGCCUGUGUGCCAGUUAUCAAACUGUGUUUUGAUGGGAUGUUGAUUUUAUUUGCAAGAUUAGCAUUCAGAGGUGACAGUCUGCUUAAGAAUUUAGAUACAAUAAGAUGCAUAAGAAGUCUUAACGCCACUCCAGGCUCCUCUGUGAUCCUGGACUUCACCGGGAUCAACCUGCCCUCAGAGCCUUGCGCUGGCUGUGGAGUGUGCCACAGCUUCAUGUAG